AUGCACGGAUCGUGUUACGAGGGCCAAUGGCAGAAUGGCAAGCGCCACGGCCUCGGCAUGGAGACCCGGGGUCGAUGGGUGUACCGAGGUGAGUGGACCCAGGGCUUCAAGGGCCGCUACGGAGUGAGACAAUCAACGACCUCGACCGCAAAGUACGAGGGCACAUGGGCGAGCGGCCUGCAGGACGGCUACGGCUCCGAGACCUACGCCGACAGUGGCACCUAUCAAGGACAAUGGUUGCGAGGCAUGAGGCAUGGUUACGGAGCGCGAACUAGCGCACCCUUCGGUUUGGCUUCGCAUUACAAGCCGAAGCAGCAGGUUAGAGCGUCGCUGACGUCCCUGAGGAGCAACGAAGCUACCCCAGGCACGGCACCAACGCCCGAACCUACCGAUAGGCGAGAUCGACGCGUCGACGAUAGCAGAGGAGGUUUCGUGCUCAAAGCGAGGAGCGACGAACAGCCCACCAGGCGAAAAAGCCUGACGGAAAAAUCCCUCAAAAAGGGCUUCCUCGCUGGCUUGAAAAUCCGAAAGCAAAGAAGCACGGGAGAUCUUGAAAAGCGUGGCACGGCAGGCAGUAUCCGGAGCAAUGCGAGCACCGCGUCGUGGAUGUCGACCGAGAGCUCGCAGAGCCAGGCUUCCGCCUCGAUGCACACCGACAGCAACGCCUCCUUUGUUAUCGAGGACGAGCAGAUGGACGCCUCCGUAACCGAAACGUACCUUGGCGAGUGGAAGAACGACAAGCGCACGGGUUUUGGUACAUCGGAACGUAGCGACGGCCUGCGCUACGAGGGCGAGUGGUUCAACAAUCGCAAGUACGGCUACGGCGUGACGACUUUUCGGGACAACACGAAGGAGGAGGGCAAGUACAAGAACAACGUUUUAAUAACCAGCCAAAAGAAGAAACACCUGUUUCUCAUACGAUCGGCCAAGUUUCGCGAGAGGAUAGACGCCGCGGUGGCCCAGGCGCAACGCGCCAGCAAGAUAGCCCUACAAAAGGCCGAUAUUGCCAUAUCGAGGACAGCUACGGCCCGGGGCAAAGCCGAGCUUGCCGAUUACGCCUCGGAGCACGCCCGCGAGGAUUCGGAACUCGCUCAGCAAACGGCAAAGCAAUUUGCCCCGGAUUUUCGGCAACCGGGAUUAGAAAGGCUGAAGAAUCGGAAUAUUCCAAAGUACGUACCUCCGUCCCAGGACGUCCUGCCAGGCAAGAGUAUAUUGCACAAGGGAACGAGCCUUGACCAACAACAAUCCAACAGUAGAGCCACCCCGACGAGGCAUCAGCCGGACGCGAGUAUGACGGAUCACGGCCAAAGGCCCCAGGACGAACAGCCGGUUGAGCAGGCCCCGAUCUCGGCCAUACCAAACAGUUUGCUCACCCUAGGCAUUUACACCCCGACCACGAUACCACUCCCGCAAAACCAGUUUCCCAUUACAGCACUCGAGACCCACACAAGUACGACCUACUCGUACAAGCAUCAGCGCGAGCAGGUGCACCAAAACCCGUACGGCCAGACGCAUACGCCACCCCAAUCGCCACAGCCGUCGCCGAUGGUGUACGGUGGUACUAGUAAUUAUGGCCCAUCACAGUAUCCGGGCUCGCAAAGCGUGGAUCAGUAUGGCAACUACAGGCCCGGUUACCAAAAUCAGUAUCAGUCUGGUUACGCGAACCAACAGAUAGCAUUACAACAACCAUCAGUGGUUUCAUACAGCCCAAUGUCUAGCCCAAUGUCUUUAAGCCAAAUGAGCCUCUACGGAGCCCAGCCCUUCGGUCCGUCUGUACCUAAUCAAUAUGGGUUCUCACCUAUGAUGAACCAAAUGAAUCAGUACGUGGUGCCACCACAGCCGUUCAACCAGAGGCCGGAACAGCCGCAGCAGAACUACCAGACUGAGGAGGCGCAGAGACAACAGAACGCGACGAGUAUACGAAGAAACAGCCGAGUGCUAAGUCCUCAAGACAAACCUACCCAGAACAUUGGACAGACUCUCAAUGACCGACUUGAUCACUACAAGAGGCCUCCCAGUCGGGACAGUUCGGUAGACCGUUACAGGCGACAUCCACUGGUGAGUGGAUCGAGACAGGCUUCGAUCGACAAAAUGGCUCCGUCGCCGACGCCAGAUAUUCCAGACAACAGAUCGCUGAGAAGUCCAAGUGCCUUGCGAUCGGGCACUCCACUGAACGGGUCGGUGCUGGGUGGUAGCGGGGCCGCGUCGCCGUCGUAUGCCGCGUCAGUAACCAGUCAAUUCGAAGAUGUGCUGCUGAAGAACAAGGGCCUUGGACAAGAAAUACUGCCAAGUCCUGGUCAGCCAAAGCGAACCGAGAGCUUGUAUGUGACACCUGGAAGAGGAGGAGGCGGUGGUAGCGGAGGUGGCGGCGGUGGCAUUAAGGACGCGAGCAGGACGGUCCCCGCCUUCGCCGCCACAGCAAAGAGCCGCGCAACCCUCUAA